AUGGCUGAAAAUCUCAAGUAUACAUUGAGUGAAGAGAUGGAGAAAGUAGAGAGGGUGAUGACUGAAAACCUGAAGAUAUUAAUGAAGGAGAUGAAUAAGAAGCUUGAGGAGAAGCAUGAAGAGAUGGAGGAGACUCGUCGUGACUUACGAGGGUUAGAGAAUGUGAAUACAUUCCUCUACAAUAGAGAACGUGAAAGCAGCGAUGAGUUAUACGAAGCACGAAAAAAAUUGAUUGAGGCAUUGAGAGAUUUUUCGGGUGGUGAAUCUUGCAAGAUCGGUGUAAAGAGUAUGGGAGAUCUUGAUGAAAAGCCGUUUGUGAAAGCAUGCAAGCAGAGAUUCAGUAACGAAGAAGCCGAGGUGCAGGGCAUCAGGCUUUGCUCGAAAUGGAAGGAAAACCUCAAGAAUCUAUCAUGGCGCCCAUUCAAAUGCGUGUGGACUGGAGACAAAUCGGAGGGAGAAGAGGUGGUGAACGCGGUUAAGACAGCGCACGAGGAGCUUAACGAGUUUUGUCCAAAUUGUCGGUACAUAGUUCCCGUAGCAUGGAAUUAUGAACAAGGGAGGCAAGCAACUCUAGGGGAAGGGAUUGCUCACAUGGCUAACCAGAUCAAUACUCUCAAACGCAAACGCACAUAG